CAAAGAAAGUCCCGAAACGAUCAGCAAGACUGGCAAGAGCUAGGAAACUUCUUCUAUCCAUCUUCCAUGCCCGGCGGGCGGCGCCAAAUAUAAAUAACACCUCCCCCGUCCCACAUAUGGCAUACAUCAGUCCAUCCAUGGCAUCAGUCCUCCUCCCGUUUUCCGGUUGGAAGCGGCGGAGCAGGGUGGUCGGAGCUUUGGAUUCAUCGUCAGAGGUAGUUAUUGUGGGGGCUGGGAUUGCAGGGCUGGCAACAGCGGUUUCGCUGCAGAGGCUCGGGAUCCGAAGCAGGGUGCUGGAGCAGGCGGAUUCGCUCCGGACCGGCGGCACAUCCCUCACUUUGUCCAAGAACGGAUGGAAGGUCUUGGACGCCAUCGGGGUUGGAAAUUCUAUCAGAAGCCAUUUUCUUGAAAUUCAAGGGGUAGUAAUAAAGUCAGAAGAUGGAAGGAAUUUGCGCUCUUUCUCAUUCAAAGAAGAGGACCCAAGCCAAGAGGUGCGCGCUGUGGAGAGGAGAGUAGUGCUAGAAUCACUAGCUAAUGAGCUGCCUUCAGAUGCCAUUUCCUUCUCUUCAGGCCUCUCAAAGAUUAUUGAAACCAGUGAAACCAGUGAAAUGCUGUUGGAGCUUGAAGACAGCUCCCAUUUGUCUGCCAAGGUAGUGAUUGGUUGUGAUGGGAUCCGGUCUAGAGUGGCAAAGUGGAUGGGGUUUUCAGAGCCGAAAUAUGCAGGCCACAUGUGCUUUCGAGGGAUAGGAUUGUACCCUGAAGGACUUCCCUUUGACCAGAAAGUACAAUACACAUACGGAAGAGGGGUGCGUGCUGGUUUUGUGCCCAUGUCUAAGAGCAAAAUCUAUUGGUUUGUCGUCUUCAACAGCCCAUCACCAGGUACAAAGAUAGGAGAUCCACAGUUUUUGAGGCAGCAGGUGCAAGAACUAACCAGAAGUUGGUCACCGCAGCUACUAGACAUCAUCGACCACACCCCAAACGAGUCCCUUGUACGAACUCCACUAUUUGACCGAUGGUUGUGGCCAUUGAUAAGUCCUCCCGCAUCUUCCGGUGGGGCCGUUCUAGUUGGCGACGCGUGGCACCCGAUGACACCAAAUCUUGGGCAGGGGGCGUGUUGUGCGCUCGAGGAUGCCAUUGUUCUAUCCAAGAAACUGGCGGGGGCAAUCACAUCCAAGAAUGUUUCAGUUCAAGAAUCACUUAGAGAGUAUGAAAGGGAAAGGUGGCCCCGUGUUUUCCCGCUAACCAUAUAUGCAUAUCUCGUGGGAGCAUUCCUGCAGUGGGAUAACCCGGUGGUAUGUUAUAUAAGGAAUAAUGUGAUUGUACCCAAGUUGUUGAAACCUGGACCAAUGCUCAAACAUACAAAUUUUGAGUGUGAGCCUCUAUGAACCAUGGUUGUUCAGUCAACUAUGGUUUGAUAUCUAAGCUUAUAACAAAUGUCUGGGCAUAUUUUAAAUAAGCCAUCUGUUCAGCGAUGUAAAGAAAAUAUAUUGACGACACGACUCCAGUGACGUCACAACAUGCAUUGUUGUGACUCACAUCUAGUGCGUAAACAAAAAAAGGAUGAUGCCACAUGUCUGAGGUCCCCCAGAACCGACCGGGCAGAUUUGGGACAGUUAUCUAGUGCAGAAACAAGAUUGCAUGAAAUGUUGUUGCAUUGUGUACAUGUUGCAUCUGGUUAUCAAUUUUAUGAUAGUAACCCCUACUAUGUGUCUGGUAUAUGUACAUUGAUCCAAACCACAACGAUUGGAUGAUUUAUUUCAACAAGAUAUGUCUGUUCAUUCAAACUAAAAAUACCACCUCCCUAUACAAAUCCCCUAAAAACUAAA